AUGAAGGGAAAUUUCAAGUAUGUUUGCCGAUAUUUUUCUAGAAAUUCUAUAGAUGUCACCCCCGAAGUUAAAAACGCUCUGAAUAACCAAAAACCAGUAAUUGCAUUAGAAUCAGCUCUUAUUACACACGGAUUACCAUACCCAAAAAAUGUGGAGACUGCUUUGGAAAUGGAACACAUCAUCAAGUCACACAAUAUAAUUCCGGCUACAAUUGGUAUAAUUAAUGGGAGAGUUAAAGCCGGUAUGUGUCCUGAACAAAUCAAUGUUCUUGGCUUAUCAGCUGAGAAAAAAACAGUCAAAGUUUCAAGGAGAGAUUUUCCUUAUGUGCUCAGCCAAGGUUUAAAUGGUGGCACUACAGUAUCCGGUACAUUAGUUAUUGCUAAUGCUUUGGGCAUAAAAUUCUUUGUUACUGGUGGAAUCGGCGGAGUUCAUAUAGAUGGUCAAAAUUCCUUAGAUGUAAGUGCUGAUUUAAUUGAGUUGUCUAGAUGUGCAAUAAUGGUUGUAUCUGCUGGUAUAAAAUCUAUACUUGAUAUAGGACGAACUUUAGAAUACCUUGAAACUGUGGGUGUCUGUGUUGCUUCAUAUGAUUCAAAUGGAGAGUUUCCUGCAUUUUAUACUAAACAAAGCGGAUAUCAGUCUGUAUGUAAUGUAACUACGCCCUGUGAAGCAGCUGGCCUUCUAGAACAAUGUCAAAAUACAGGAUCUGGUGUUCUGUUAGCUGUUCCAAUACUAGAAGAAAGAAUAAAAAAAACAGACAUUGACGAAGCAAUAAAAAAUGCUAGUCAGAUGUGUGAAAAGCAAGGAAUCAUGGGAAAAAAUAUUACUCCUUUUGUUCUGAGUGAAGUUAGUCGACUGACAAAAGGACUUUCUAUGGAUACUAACAUUUCUUUAUUAAAGAAUAACUCUUUGGUUGGAAGUAAAAUUGCUAUGGAGUAUUAUUCAAAAUUGUCUUCUACCCCAAAAUCAGUUUUUGAAGUGAAAAAGAGUAUAAAAAAGUCUACAAAAUCUCCUGUAGUAAUUGGUGGUAGUAACAUAGACUAUGUGCUUCAAGUUGAUGAAGAUUUAAAGGUUAGUUAA